CUGGCCGGCCAAGAUGGCGGAGGGGGUGCUGAGCCCCGGGGUGAACCUGGAGGCCUUCUCCCAGGCCAUCGCCGCCAUCCAGGCGCUGCGUUCCAGCGUGACGCGGGUCUUCGACUGCCUGAAGGAUGGGAUGCGGAACAAGGAGACGCUGGAGGGCCGCGAGAAGGGCUUCGUGGCCGCCUUCCAGGAGAGCCUGCACUCCGUCAGCCGCGACCUGGGUGAGCUGGAGCGUCUGAGCAACCUAGUUGGUAAACCAUCUGAGAACCACCCCCUGCACAAUAGUGGACUGUUGAGCCUAGAUCCUGUUCAGGAUAAAACACCUCUUUACAGCCAACUUCUUCAAGCCUACAAAUGGUCAAAUAAGGUGCACUGUGGUAUCAGUGACAGAUGUGUGUCAUUGAGGAAAACUGUAUGACGGUAACUGGAUCAUCUGCUUGCCCAGUGCUUCUGGACAUUGCUUUUGAAGAUUGCUUGUGCUUAUUGGGGUAAGAGUGGGAAGGCUAGUGGUGCAGCUUGAGAUACUGGUAUUCUCAGUGAGCAGUAGCA